AUGAUUUUUGAUAUCCAUGUUUUAUUUCUUGGAAUCGCCUGUUCUUUCAUUGUGAAUAAGGUCCAUUCAGCUAGUAACAGCAAUAUAUCAAACUCUGAUUCUCUUGUGUUGGCUUGUGGUGCUCCUACCAAUGCCACAGAUAAUAACGGCAGGAGUUGGAUUCCAGAUUCUAAAUUCCUUGCAUCUUCAGAUAAUUCAAUCGUUGCCACGGCUCUUUCUCAAGAUCCUUCAUUGCCUUCCACUGUCCCUUACAUGACUGCCAGAGUAUUCCAAUCACAAUUCACUUACACGUUCAGAAUUUCUCCCAAAGCCCGCCACUGGAUUCGCCUUCAUUUUUACCCUUCUUCUUAUAAUAAUCUCAGCUCUUCAAAUGGAUUCUUUUCUGUAACAGCUGAUGGUUUCACACUUCUUAACAAUUUUAGUGCUUUGAUCACCGCCCAAGCGCUUACACAAGCUUAUAUUAUCAGAGAAUAUAAUAUUGUACCAAUUCAGACUGGUAUUCUCAACCUCACAUUCACUCCAUCACCAGCAUAUAAUGGAUCUUUUGCUUUUGUCAAUGGCAUUGAGAUUAUCUCAACGCCAGAACUUUUUCAAGCUGCGCCUUUGGUUGGGUUUUCAGAGCAGUCAGUGGAAGUAGAACAGAAUACGGUGCAGACACUGAUUAGGCUAAAUGUUGGUGGACAGUAUAUUCCAGCUAGUGAUGAUUCUGGUCUGAGCAGAACAUGGUACGAUGACUCGCCUUAUCUAUUUGGUGCAGCUUUUGGUGUCACCUCUCAGGCUGAUGAAAAUGUGAGAAUCAAUUAUCCAACUGGUUUACCCGAGUACAUUGCUCCUGUUAACGUUUAUGACACAGCAAGGUCAAUGGGGCCUGAUCCAAAGGUUAAUCAGAAUUUCAACCUUACAUGGGUGUUUCAAGUUGAUCCCAAUUAUACUUAUCUCGUGAGGUUCCAUUUCUGCGAUUAUCAGAUGUCCAAAGUUAAUCAGAGGGUGUUUGCUAUCUUCAUUAACAACCAAACAGCUUUUCCAGAUGCAGAUGUGAUUGGAUGGACUAGCGCAAAAGGGGUACCAGUUUACAAGGAUUUUACGAUACAUGUCAGUGAUAGGAGUGGCGAUGAACAAUUGUGGGUGGCUCUGCAACCUAAUCAAACAUCCGUGCCAGAAUUUAACGAUGUAAUUCUAAACGGUCUGGAGAUCUUUAAGAUUAAUGAUACAAAAGGGAGCUUACCAGGCCCAAAUCCUGUGCCAUCACCGCUUGCCCCUCCCAUGGAGUCCGAGCCAAAGCAAUUUGCACCAUCGAAGUCCAGAAAAACUGGCCUUAUUCUCGGUGCGGUUGGGGGAGCAGCGGUUGGCUUUGCUCUGGUUAUUGGUUUUGUUGCAUUUCUCAGGCGUAGGAAGAGGAUGGCUCUCGGAGAAAGUUCUAGCAUAGCAGGUUGGCUGCCAAUUUAUGAUAGCUCGCGCUCUUCAGAAACUGGAACAACAAUCUCAGGCAAAAGUUGUGGCAGCAGUCGCAUUUCAAAUAUUGGUGGAAGCCUCUGUAGACGUUUCUCCUUGGCCGAGAUAAAAAAUGGUUCCAUGAAUUUUUCUGAAUCCCAAGUUAUUGGAGUUGGAGGAUUUGGUAAGGUGUACAGAUGCUUUGUUGAUGGAGGGACUGAAGUUGCCAUAAAAAGAGCAAACCCAUCAUCAGAACAAGGCGUUCAUGAGUUUAGAACUGAAAUUGAUCUGCUUUCAAAGCUAAGACACCGGCAUUUGGUCUCUCUAAUUGGGGCUUGUGAAGAACAUAAUGAAAUGAUAUUGGUGUAUGACUAUAUGGCUAAUGGAACUUUGAGGGAGCAUCUUUACAAGACCAAGAAGCCACGACUUUCAUGGAGACAGAGGCUGGAUAUCUGCAUUGGCGCUGCAAGAGGCCUUCACUAUCUUCAUACAGGAGCAAAGUACACUAUCAUCCACAGGGAUGUGAAAACUACUAACAUUCUGUUGGAUGAAAAGUGGGUUGCAAAGGUUUCUGAUUUUGGACUCUCAAAAACAGGUCCUACUCUUCAUCAAACACAUGUUAGUACAAUGGUGAAAGGAAGUUUUGGGUACUUGGAUCCAGAAUACUUCCGCAGGCAACAAUUGACAGAGAAAUCAGAUGUAUAUUCCUUUGGGGUGGUCCUUUUUGAAGUUUUGUGCGGAAGGCCAGCUCUUGAUCCUAAUCUUCCAAAAGAGCAAGUUAGUCUAGCAGAUUGGGCAUUGAGGUGUCAUUCCCAGGGUGUUCUUGACGACAUUAUUGAUCCAUGUAUCAAGGGGGAAAUGGCACCUGAAUGCUUGAAGCACUUCGCAGAAACAGCAGCUAAAUGCUUGUCCGAUCAAGGAAUUGAUCGCCCUUCAAUGGGGGCUGUUCUCUGGAAUCUGGAGUAUUGCUUACAAUUACAAAACAAUCCAGAUGGACCAGAAUUCGUUGUGCAACAGAAAGCCAAUGAUGCUUAUGCGAUGCAUGAAACGUUGCUGACCAUUGAGGAGAAUGAUAAAAUAAGCCAGGAGACAGAGGACAGCAGCUCCAACGAAAUAUUCUCACAAAUAAUAAAUCCUCAAGGGAGAUAGGUUGAGUACAUGUUUCAAUUUUUGCAGUGCACUUUACUUGCUGCUUCUUUGCACAUUGUUGGUAGUGAUGUUCAAGCAUUAAUUCUGCUGCUUGUCUGUAAUUGCAGCCAAUUUGAUCGCAUUUUGGUCUUAAACAUUAGCUAUCCCUUGUGAAUAAAUUAGUGGAAGGGCUCUAGGCCAAGCUUGAUGGUAGAUUUGUAUUCUUCAUUUCUCUUUUUUAGUUUGAAAACAGUAGGAUUCUUGACCUUUCU